UUAUGUGAUAUGUUAUAUAGUAACUCACUUUUUUACUUGAGCCGAAAUUCUGAGUUGGUCGCUGCCGAGUUAACUCAUCGUGGAGGCUAAAAGAAGCACGUGCAAAACGCAUGAUCAUUGCCAUAUUUCUACUAGGCUAAAUUCACUGUCUAGCUUCAAACCGAGAGGAAAGAGAAAUGGCAAUGAGAGCAUUCGUACUUCGCCACAUUCAGUUACCCGGUCAAACCCUAACGGCCACCGGAUCAAAACCUCAUCCCCAAUGGUAUCUCCGCGCUUCUCUCCGGUUAUUUUCAUCGCACGAUGAUCACCUUACUAAAGAAGAAGUAAUCGACAGAGUCCUCGACGUUGUCAAAAGCUUCCCCAAAGUCGAUCCUUCAAAGGUGACACCUGAUGUUCAUUUCCAGAAAGAUUUGGGGUUGGAUAGUUUGGACAAUGUGGAGAUUGUAAUGGGUUUAGAAGAGGAGUUCAAGCUGGAAAUUCCAGACAAGGAGGCUGACAGGAUCGACUCAUGCAAUCUUGCUAUUGAGUAUAUAUAUAACCAUCCAAUGGCUGGUUAAUCUAUGCAAAGUAAGGUUGUAUCUUGUUGAAUUUCAUUCGAAAAGAAUAAUGGCAUCUUCAACUAUGUUUCUGUUCAACAUUUUAGGGGUUUGUAUGGAUUUAUUCCUCAUAAUGGGAUUAAGACCAACGAUUUGAAUCUAUUUGGUGGGAUACUACCUGAACUUCCACACCAAACUGCUGCAGAUUUCAACUUGCAAUAAGCUUGUUGUAUUGCAUGGGGACUUUCUUUACCUUUCAAAUACUUGUGAUUUUUGCUAUUGUCCUGACAUGUUGUUAGUGUUUAUCUUCAACUUCUGGCCUUGGGUAAUGCAUUGUCAUAUUUGUUCAUUUAAGCCUGGCAGUUGCUCCUUGUCUUCUUCUCCUUUCUUCCACUGCCAGGCUAUAAAUAUUGAAAUAAGUAGUACCUUCAGAAAAC